AUGUCUACUUUCCAAAAACCCCCACAGACGGCCUUUCUUGGUAAGUGUUUUGCCCCAGGAAGUCUCGGGUCCAACGAGGCUGAUUUCCUCCGAGACAGCCGGAUGGGUGCUAAUGAGUCUCGCGUAGACUACGACUCCGCUCGAUCAUUGCAGGAUGGUGCUUCUUAUUCCAGCUACGGCCAGGGAUCCUAUGUAACGCCUGCGCCGAUGGUCCCGUCACCGAUGGCCGACCAGGCCAGCCAGAUCUCCGACUGUGUCCCGUACAUGGGAAACCCGGACUACGCCAGCUCCUACGAGGGAGGUCGCUCUCCUGUCGUGGGCGGAGAGCCGCGCCAAUUGCCUGAAGUCAUCUCCUACUCCCCCCAGCGGGGCUACGAAGGAACCAGGGUGUCCGUGCGGAUCCAGUCCCCCUACGAUCUUCAUACCUCGUCCUACACGACCCUCUACCUGGCGUUCGGCUCCAAGAAGUGCGAGUGUGUCCCCCAUUUCCUGGGGUUCCAGGGCUCGACUUUCCAAUACGCGCUUUCCGUGGACAGUCCCGCUUUCAUGGCCACGGCAUCUCCGUCGCCGACCGUCUCUCUCCAGGUGAUCAUGGAUGGCCAAAACGAGUGCCCUUCCACUACACUGCAGGUGGGCUAUUAUUCGUAUGAGCACUCGCCUCAUCCGUCGCCGUCCAGCGACUCCCGGAAGAGAAGGGUGUCCAGCAUGGAAGACACGGGUCCUCGGCCUACCAAGAGACUCACUGCCCAGCCCGUUCACUCACGAGAGCAGUCGGUGGGGUAUCCUACCGCCUCCUACUCCCCUUACCUGCAGUCUCUUCCCACUGCGAAUGGAUUUGUGAACCCUUAUCAGGCGGGCUCGCCGCGGAUUGUGUCGUCUGCGUCGCAGUCGUCCAUUCGCGCGCCGUCCCCGCUUACUCCGUCCUGGAGCCCCUCGUUCGUCUCGGUCGCUCCGGAUUCGAGGGCUCACGGAUAUAUGGCCAACCACGGCUUCCGUCAAACGAAGCCGUCGUCUCCCGGGCAGGGCAAGAACCCUACGCUCAUCCGUACUUCGACCCUUCAGCAGUCCAGCGGCAUCGCUCCGCCGCAGUCGUUCAAUCCCUAUGCGAUGUAUCCGUCGAAGGCGGUGUUAAAGUUGAACGGAGAUCUGAAUUCUAUGACGGAGAAAUGGUCCAAGGAAGAGCUGGAGACCAAACGCCGCCUGGUCCAGUUCACACGCAUGCAGAGCGGGAGUACCAUUCACGCAGACUUCAAGCCGGUGUCUCCCGAAGACCGAACCCCGAACAGUAUCUGCAUCAGCUGCAUCUACUGGGAUGGGAAAGACGAGUGCUUCGUCACCAGUGUCGAUACCAUCUAUCUGCUCGAGUCCCUCGUUGGGGUCCGCUUUACCGUGGAAGAGAAGAACCGCAUCCGUCGCAAUCUCGAAGGAUUCCGCCCGCUUACCGUGUCCAAGGCCAAGGCCGAUAGCGAGGACUUUUUCAAGACCAUCAUGGGGUUCCCCGCCCCCAAGCCUCGCAAUAUCGAGAAGGAUGUCAAAGUGUUCCCCUGGAAGAUUCUCAGCCAUGCUUUGAAGAAGAUCAUUGGCAAAUACUCGGCCAGUUACUCCUCGACUGCUGGUGCCCUCCCCACGCCAAUCGGCUCGACCUAUGCGAGCAACGGGGCUGCCUCGGAUUCCGGCACCGAACCGCAUACUGCGCCCUCUCCUCAGUCAGUCUCGGACACGUCUGCGUCUUGUGCCUACGGCCCCAGCAUGACUGCGUACUCCUCCGCCGAUCACAGCGGACCGCCCAUGUCGGUUCCCGAACUGCGCUCGGUGCUCCCCGCCAUCAGCCAACCCUACCACCACAUGACCCCGUCAUACUCCUACCCGACGGUCUGUCAACAGCAAAGCCAUCUGGGACUCACUGCUCCCAUCAGCCGGGGAUGGGAGCUCAGCCAUCUGAUGAACAACGCGGCCAGCGCGCCCCCUAGCAGCGGCUCUUGCUAUAGCUACAUGGGCCCGAUGCCGUAUUCCCUGUCCGACCCCUCCCACGGGGCCUGA